AUCGAAAGAAGCUGUUCACCAGAACUGAUCCUGUCAAAGGAAUCUUUGAAUUAUGGCAGGAAGGAAAGACUUGCAGUCCAAGGCUUUCUUCAUUGACAAGUAUGAGGAUUUCCUCAAAGAACUGGAACUUGGGGACAUCAUAUUCAGGCCCUUCUUUGGUGGCCUCCUGCAACAUGCCGGCAUUUAUUGUGGAUCAAGAAAAUAUAUCCAUCCUGUGGUAAAGAAGUACCUAAAACCCGAACUGAACAUCGUUUGCCCAGAAUGCGGGCAAGACCUUGUAUUGAUGGACUGUGGACACAAUGUCCAUUUCGUAGCAGAACUCAGUUUAUGUAAGACUGAUGAAGUCGAAAAGAGUGUGAAAGGAUUAGUUGCUGCCAAGGGGGCCGAAGGAUCCUCAUUCCGCACAAAGUAUAAUCUGUGCAUCUUAAAAAACUUUAUGGAAGACAAGGGUGCCUAUAAGUACAACUUUGUCGAUGAAGAUGUAAAGCCUCUUCCUGUAGAGCAAAUUUUGGAGAGGGCAAUGAGAGCUGUAACAAAUCCAAAAUAUCGUCAGGAUUAUAACCUAUUGAGUUUCAACUGCGAAUGUUUCGCCAGUUUUUGCCGAAAUGGGGUGGCGACCAGCAAGCAAGUCCGGGAGAUAGCAGAAGCUAUCCUUGAUACUGCUGUCUCUCAUCUUGAUGCAGCUGGCUACCGUACAGCAGCCUAUUGGAUUCGCAUAAUCGCUCUAGACACGAAGAAAGGCAGAAAAAGACCAGCAGCCGAAGCAGGAUCAGAGGAUGAUCCUGAUGAUGAUCCGAAGAAAGCAAAGAAGUCCUAA